GCAGCUCUGAUUCGCAGUGCACAUUGACAGCUUCAAUCUAUCUAAAAAUUUCAGUAACUUUAAUAAUUCGCUUUAGUAAGUAAACCACAGACUAUCGUGAAAUCCUGUAGCAGAAACAACUAGUUUUGGGUGGAGCUCCUGAUCGACCGAGUGGCAGAUGUUAUAGUGAGUCACAACUAUGAAGAUCAACGAGAAGAAUCUUUGCAUGUUUGCCACUUCACCUCCGGUCGAUCUGGAAGGAUGGCUCAACAAACGGGGUGAAAUAAACAAAAGUUGGCAGCGCCGGUGGUUUGUUCUGAAAGGAAAUUUGUUGUUUUAUUUUGAGCGAAAAGGUGAACGUGAACCGCUUGGGAUGAUUAUCCUAGAAGGAUGUACCGUGGAACUUGCCGAGGAAAGUGAGCAAUACUGCUUCCAGAUUAUCUUCCAUGGUCCAAACAACCGGACAUAUUAUUUGAGCACAGAAUCACAAGGAAACAUGGAACAAUGGAUGAAAGCUUUAACUUGCGCCGGUUACGAUUAUAUGAAGCUAAUGGUAGCGGAACUGCAGCGACAGUUGGAUGAAAUAGAGGGAUGCAAAGAGAAGACCCCCGAAACUACACCGCUACCAACGCCGAAAGCGCCCCCACGUCGGCAAAAUCCUUUUAAUCGACCAUCUCCAGUGGAGUAUGCUUCCAAUACAGUGUCCGAAUCGUGUGGCGCUCCAUCUUCAACAAUCGUCUCGCCCCAAGUGAUCCGACGUGCACCAGCACCCCCAACGCAGAUCAUGCAGCCUAUCACAUCGUCAGCUGCUCCGUUGGGGCAUAUAUUGGAUCCGACUACACUUCUGCAGGAGGUUACCUCAGGCGGUAACGCUCAAACACAGGCAAGUGAGAAAAAUGGAAGUAUUUCGCGAUCAGUUAAUGGAGCAUCAAGCAGAAGCAACAGCGUUCUGAAUGUCGAUUUACUGGCCAUUGUUGGUGAAUAUGAGUUUUCGUUCGAACGAAUGCACUCGACGCUAGGUGUACCGGUGCUAGCGGAUCUGCACAAGCGGAAAAUAGCGAUGGAAAAGGGGGAAACUUCCCUUAUCAUGUUCUAAGCGCGUUGUCGUUAUCUUAAACCACCCUUUCAUAAGAUUUAAAGUACAAUAGACAAGUUCAAUAUACGAAUAUCUCAACAGAGCCUUCAACCAUUUUAACCCCCGGUUUGAAUUGAAAGGAAAACUAUUUCUUGAAUAAUUCAAGCAAUGUGCUGCAAGCUCUUGUAUUUUUAGUUCAUAACUAUCAAACAUAAAUAAGUAUUCAUUUAGAAAUCGAAUGAAACAUGUCAAUUAACAUAAUUUGUAUUUACGUUCCACGCUUUGUUGUAUGUUGAUGUUUAAAUCUGAGUGGCAUCUUUCAAAUCUUUUCACAUAUCAUUUUCCUGAAAGGCAUAAUGAAGGUUUGUCGAUAUAAGAGGAAUAAUUUUGUGGACCACCUCCCGAAUGUACCCAUUUUCAGAAAAGGUAACCUUCAAUUAACAAAUACUCAGGAGUUUAUGAUAUUUCCAAAUAAUAUAGAAUAAAAAUAUUAACAGUAAUUCUACGAUGGGUUUUCAAACGACCUAUUGCUCGAACACAGAAAAUUAAAUUUGAAGUAUGGCAAAAAUUCUUUUAAUUCCUAUUUAGGAACUAAACCGUUUUAAAUACUAAAAAAUCUACGGUUUUGUUUUUUCCCUUGCUUUAAUGGUGUAAUUCGGUUGAUAUGAAAUAGUAACGAUUAUUGCUAUUAUUAAGCAACAGUACGACCUUUUUCUGUCAAUACGACAUUUUACCUACUUACGAUACGUCUUUUUUCCUGCAUAGGAUACGAAAGGUCGUUCGACGGACGACGGGGGCGUAAACCCCGUCAUAGUCCUGACCGAAUUUUUGGGAGAAUUCUUUCGCGACUAAUCUCGCCUUGUAUCGUACCACUUGUCCGUUUUCAUCUUCAUUCCUUUUAUACGUCCAUUUACAACCUACCACUUUGUAAUCCAGUGGUAGGGGGACAGCUUCCACGUGUCGGUUUCUUGGAGAGCUUAUAUCUCCUUCUGCAUCGCAACCUACCAAACGGAGUUCUUUGUCACGCCAGUGACAUCACGAUAUCGUGCUGGUGGAAUACCUUUCGUUUGAUGUGUCCAUUUUUUCGGUUCGGUCAACUCAAUAUCAUCAUUCACAUUCUCGACGACUGAAUCAUAAUCUUCGGUAUCUUCCGCUUUUGGCUGAGCAUAUGAUGCGGUUAGGUUGCUUUUCAAACCAACAUCGAACAAAAUUUCCUUACCUCUCUUACCAUCGAUGGGUUCCUCCGUUGGAUCACUUGUCGUAUCAUUUGCGAUGAACUUGGCAUCUCGGCUUACGUAGACUUCGUGUGGAUUUUUCCAGGAAGCGAUAAGCUUUAUGCUCCGAUGAAUAGCCCACAAACGUCAACUUUUGUGCUGUGGCAUCGUUUCUUCUUUUUAUCUUUGGGAGGUGACCUCCGCAUGACAGCCGAAUAUUUUCAAGUGAUUGACCUUAGGUUUAACACCACUCCAAAGCUCAAACGGCGUAACAUCGACUGGUUUCGUUGGCAACACGCUCUGGGGUUAUACUGCCAUGUUUAGAGCUUCUGCCAAAUAACGUUGAACUAGCGGUGCAUGCACCGCACCGUUUCAACAAGGUAACGAUUUUUUCGCUCCGCCAUGUCGUUCUGUCGGGGCUGUAUCCCGCGGUAUUUUGAGCUGACAUCCCCUCUCGCUUGCAGAACAUGCGCAGUUGCUUUUCGCUAUAUUCACCGCCCUGGUCAGAGCGGAUUGCCUUCGGCUUUCGCUCAAAGAGUUUCAAAGUACUAAACAUACUCUUCGAUGCUCGUGGUAACUUCCGACUUCUCUUUGAAGAGGUAUGUCACGCAAUACCAGCUAUGGUCAUCGAUCAUGGUAAUGAAGUAUCGAUAACCACUGUCCAUCGACACCUGUACCGGACCGCAGACGUCCGUAUGCACCAGAUCCAUGGGCGCAUUUGAUGUGGAUUUGAACUCAUUUGGAAAAAGAGUACGGGGGUCUUACUUUUUAGACAGCACUCACAUGUUACGUCAACAUUACAUCCGUGAAUCGUCAGACCGUCGACUAACUCAGCAUUCUUCCAAAGAUCGAUUGCCUUUAUGACCAAAUCUGCGAUGCCAAACGUGGUAACCGUCCCUGUUGUAAUGACUACCAGCUGCCAUCACGAUGUCUGUAGAAUGUUUGAUCUGGUACAGACCCUCUUUUAAACGUGCUACAGCAAUGGUAGUGUUUCCACGAAGAAUCCGACAACCGGAUGUGUCAAAAACAACUGUAGUUUGUUUCUGGACUGGUGCUGGUAGAGACAAAACAUUCAUGCAUAGAGUCGGAGUGUAAAGCGCAAAACUAGUGGUCCUUUCAGGACUACGUCCCUCUUAAUUAACGUAUUCGACGACACCGGAACAUCCGCCGCAAACUUUCGCUUAUUUACCGUCCGCCAGGUUGACAAACUUAAUUGUUAACGACGACCCACGGCUUUGCUGUGCCGACAAUCGUUGCUCCUCCUGUAGCGAAUGCGAAUUAAACUGUCUCCUUGUUGUUAGAGUUUCCUCGAGGUUACCUUCUUCGAAUCGCGGAUCAUCUCACGGCAUUGCUUUUGUUUAUGCCCUGUCUUUUUGCUGUAAUGGCAGGCAUUUGGCUUUUUCUUGUUGUUGCCGCUGCCGACUCUCAAUGCCGAGUUUGACACAGUACCCUGCCGUUUUGACGCUUCAUCCAACAGCUUUCUUUUGACGCGCUCCAGUGUGACGUCGUCGUCCGAUCGGGUUUUGAGUGCCCUAGUAAGGGUAUCGUACUAGCUGGGGAGACUCGCGACGGUAAGAUUAUCAUCGAUUUCCCCACUGGCGUUGGUCAAAUGAGAAAACAGCUCCUUCAUCUCAAAAAGAUGUUCCGCCAUAUUGUCACCGUCUCAGAAACUUUUAUCGCAAAUCCGUUUUAGCGAUGACUCUCAGCGUGAUUCUUGACCUUUGGUAAUGGCUUUGCAGUGCUGUCCAGGCUUCUUUGGCCGAUCGUUAAGUACGAAUCAGUUCGUGCUGAUUGUCUUCGAUCAAUCACCCGCGUUCCAUACACCGAUAGAUUCUUCUUCCGGUUUUUAACCUAGGUCUACCUAGCACUAGAGCUCCUCUCGAACGAGCAGUAACUCGACCUUAAAACGCCAGGUCUGAUAAUUGCUGUUACUCAGCUUCUGCAGCGAAAAACAAUUUCAUUCCAUGGUACGCGCGAUAUUGUUGAUCGAAAAUAACGCGUGCCUAUACUACGAUUUCUUUUUUGCAAGAUGGCGAAACUUUUUUCAUCGCUGGACCCAUAACCAGACGCAGAGUAGUGGUUAGGGUAAAGUAGAGAGAAUAAGUGUUUUUUGUUCAUGUGACGAAUAUGGAAUGGAGUUUAUUCAUUUUAGUUACAUGUGAUCACAGUCUAUAGAGAACAGUUGCGCAAAGAGUGAAGUCAAAAAAAGCCUACCUAUCGAGCACAAUUGGAAUCCAUCUGUGAUACCUCUGCGGCAAAGUUGGAUUCUAAUUUUGAUCGAUAGGUAGAUUUUUUUGACAUUAAAAAUGUCUUACUCCACUAUCUGGGGCUAGGUGUCAUUCUAAAAUCUAAACUAUCUCCCAUGUAACGAAACUAUGUAAGGUUUGCACGCUUAUAACUCCGAUAUUAUUAGAUGGAUUUUAAUCAUUCAUACACCAACCGAUUCAGAAACACCUAACUUAAAUAUUGGUAAUAAUUUAAUAUCUCCCCAAUAAAAGUAGACUUUUGGAAAUUGGUAAAAUUAAAAAGUUCACGAAAAACGGGAAAAUUACCAUUCGUGAGGCAGAUUUCUCAGACACAGCCGUCAAAAGAGGGCAGCUUAGUGACUCAAUGAAAGACGAAAAGUCAUAAAUAGAAGCGACGCAUGUCCGUUUAAAUCAGUUGUUGCUCUUGUCUCAUACGAACAACAUCGUCUCCGGGCGAUGCAAUAAGCGCUAUCGAUUUUCGGCAACGUUGGCAUUUGCACACACUCGCACCUAUGUGACU